AUGAGGGCAACGCACAGGGGUGAAAGGAUGCCAUGGAGGGAUGGCGGACAUCGUCUGUGGGGGAGGAGAGUGCCCGAAGCUGGAGAGGACAGCACAACUUUUGUUCUUAAAGGUGGGCGCGACGUGGAUGAGAAAACACGAGCGCGCAGCCAGCCGCCUGCCGCCCGGCCCGGAGUCCAGCGCCUCCGGCCAGCACCGCCAUCCACCCUGGGGACGCUGCGAGGCCGCCGCCGCCUGCGCCGCCGCCGCUGUCUGCCGCGUGGCCCCCGCUCCCGCACCUCCUUUCCCGUGGUCUUCGAGGACCCGCAGCCGCCGCCGCCAGCCAUGCUGCCCACGCUGCCCCCGCAGGUGCGCCAGAACUACCACCCCGACUGCGAGGCCGCCGUCAACUGCCACAAGACGCUGGAGCACCACGCCUCCCUCACGUGCCAGGCCCUGGCCUUCUACCUCCAGAGCGAGGCCGUGGCCUUGGGGUUCUUAGGCCGCUUCUUCCUGCGCCUCUCUGACCAGCACAACCAGCGCGCCGAGGAGCUGAUGCGCCUGCAGAACCAGCGCGGGGGCCGGGUCACGUUCCCCGACAUCCCGAAGCCAGACACCUGCAGCUGGGAGAGCGGCCUCAAGGCCAUGCAGUGCGUCUUGCUCCUGGAGGGGCGUGUGACCCAGAGCCUGCUCGGCCUGCGCCAGCUGGCCGCCGACAAGCGGGACCCCCAGCUGCGUCACUUCCUGCAGAUUCACUGUCUCAACCCGCAGGCGGAGCUCACCAAGGAGCUGGCGGAUCACAUCACCACCGUGAGCAAGAUGGAGGCCGUGGGGGUCGACACGCCAGAGGCCCUCUUCAAGAAUCUCACCCUGGACGAUGGCGACGAGAACUGA